CAGGCUGGUGACUUUGAUCAGGGUUGGAGCUAAACUCUGCAGCGCAUUGGACCUCCAGGGCAAGAUUUGAGGAAGGGGGCUUUAAAUUAAUAGACAUUGAUCGAGCAUUUAACAUGUUGAUUUAAUAGAUACAGAUUUUACACAUUAAAGUGUAAAAAAAGGCAAAAGUUAUUUUUCAUUAUGAUAAACACACUUUUUCUAGAACAUUUGUAACUUGUCAUUCUGAUGUUUUUGUUUGUUUUAUUAGAGAUCUGUGAUUCAUGAUGAUUCGGAUGAUCUCUUUGAAAAUUCGAGUGUAAAUGGUAAAGAUGACCAAGACAUUCAACGUGACGUCAGACGGAAUCAUGCAUCAUUUGCAAUGAGUGAACAACAUUCCGCUUGUACCACAGCAUCCAAAAGAGCAAAAAACACAAGAGCUAGAGGGAAGAUCGCGGAGUACUCGGAUGUUUCGAGCGAAGAUGAGUUAUCUGUUAGUGAGGAAGAGUACAUUCCUGAUACAUCAGAGAGUUACACAUCAGAUAGUAGCAUGAGCUUUACUGCUUCACCAAAGGGUAAAGAAAAAAAGUUACAGACUUUGCCAGUCCGGAGCAGUUCAGCUGUGAACAGAAUCAAAAAGUUCAGUAUUCAAAGCAGCGGUGACUUAGGGGGCUCCCAGAACCACGACAUAGCCAAAGUUCCUGACACAUCUUCCAUUCUUGACAGCGCAACAUCAGUAGUUAUCCCAGCUGUAAUUAAAAAGAGAGGUGGAUUGAGAAUGUACAGCAAAAAACAACAGUGCUUUUUUUGUGAAGGUGCUUUUACAAAAAUUUCUAGACACCUGGAACGAAAGCAUAGAAAUGAGGUAGAGGUAGCAAAAGCGUUAAGUCAUCCAAAGGGCUCAAAAGAAAGGAGGAUGCAACUUGAGUAUCUACGUAACAAAGGGAACUUUGCUUACAAUAGUACUGUUAUUAAUACAGGUGCAGGACUGAUGAUUCCGCGGAAACUGCCCAAAAAGAACCUGGAGGGGGAAAGUUUUAUGCACUGCAUUUACUGCAAAGGACUCUUCUUAAAAAAAACUUUGUGGCGACAUGUCAAGGUUUGCAAAUUCAAGCCUGGUGAUGAGAAGCCGAAACCUGGAAAAACCCGUGUCCAGGUUCUUUGUGGCUUUGCACAACCUCCCCCACCAGGAGUAACUCAUGGUGUUUGGAAGCUGUUAAAUUCCAUGAACCAGGACCAAGUGGCACUUGAGACUAGAAAUGACUGGUGCAUUUUAGAGUUAGGAAAGCAUCUUUACAACAAGUAUGGAUCGAGAGUUAAAAUGCAUGAACACAUCCGCCAAAAGAUGAGGGAGCUUGGAAGACUCCUAAUAUGUGCAAGAGAGGUAUCCCCCCUUACAUCUAUUAAAGAGCUCAUUCAUCCCACAAACUUCAUGCAUACCAUCAAUGCAGUUAAAAGGGCUGCUGGCUACAAUGAAGAGACCAAUGUAUUUGAAAAGGCUAGUGUGGCUGUGAAACUUGGACAGAGUCUGAACAAAAUCGCAAUGCUCAUUGAGAGCCACUCUACUAUUAGAGGAGACGAAAAGACAGGAAAAAUUGCGAACAGUUUUCAACAGCUUUAUAAGUCCAGAUGGCCCGAAUACAUUUCUACAACAGCCCGGCGAACACUGGAGGAAGCAAAAUGGAAUUCCCCACAAUUACUUCCAUUCACAGAAGAUGUUAAGCUCCUUCAUAUAUAUCUUGACGAGCAAGAGAAGACCCAUCGCAAACUCUUGUUAACACAGCCAUCAUCUCAGCACUGGGCAAAACUGGCCAAGAUCACGUUAACUCAGGUUAUGCUUUUCAAUCGUAGACGAGAAGGGGAAGUGUCACAAAUGCCAUUGUCUGCAUACAUCUCCAGCAACCAAUCGGAUGCUCAUCCAGAUAUUAGCAUGGCCCUCACAGAUUUAGAAAAUAAACUGUGUCAGUACUUCAAGCGUGUAGAAAUUAGAGGCAAAAGAGGCAGAAAGGUUCCCGUGCUUCUCACACCUUCCAUGCAAGAAUCAAUCAGCCUGCUUCUUGAAAAUCGGAAUACCUGUGGAAUUCCAAAUGAAAAUCCUUUUCUCUUUGCACGCCCGUAUGCAAUGACAUUUUUCAGAGGCUCUGAUUGCAUUCGCGAAUUUGCUGUUGCAUGUAGUGCAAAAAAUCCUCAGACUCUUACAUCAACAAAGUUGAGAAAACAGAUCGGGACACUUUCUGAAGUUCUUAAUCUUAGCAACACAGAGUUAGAUCAGUUGGCAGACUUUCUAGGCCAUGACAUUCGAGUUCAUCGUCAAUUUUACAGGUUACCUGAAGGCACCCUCCAACUGGCCAAAAUUAGUAAAAUUCUUCUGGCCCUCGAAAAAGGACGCUUGGCAGACUUUAAAGGGCGAAAUCUUAAUGAAAUCAACAUAGAUCCAGAAGAGGAAGUUACAGUGGACAGUGAUUUGGAGGAGUCCACUUCUAGUCCAAAAGAGUGCACCACAGUAUCAUCAUCACAGCACACGGUUUGUGAGAACGGCACACUUCCAGCAGACCCAGUCUCCAAAAAAAAGAGAGGUUACGUUAAGAAGACGGCCUGGAACAAACUUGAGAUACAGGCUGUGGAGAAGCAUAUGAUGAGGUUUAUUAACAAUCACAAAAUUCCAGGAAAGGCAGACUGCAUGAGGUGUAAAGAGGCGGAACCACUUGCACUUAAAAAUAGAGAGUGGUCUACACUUAAAUUUUACAUCAAAAAUCGAAUCUCCGCUCUAAACAGAAAAUAUCUGCCAAAUUAAUUGACACACUGUCAGACUGAAUUGUUCAUUGGUAGAAACAAGCUUUUAUAGUUUUAAAACAAGCUUCCAUAGUCAAAUGGUUAGCGCAAUAGACCAUCAGUUCCAUAUUAUUGUUUGGAAAUGUAGAUUGUUCUUUCGAAAAUUAAGGCAUUUUAAAUAACUUUUAGACUGGAGUCUUUUUUUUCAUCCUUGUCUGCUUCAAAUGUAGAAUUGUUUUUCUAUAAAUGCAGACAUGGUAGAUUUCCAUUCUAUUGUACUUGUUUUCAAAAACUUGAGAAUGCAGUGUUUGUCUUGAAGGGUUUUAUUAAUAUAUUUUUUUUUAAUUCAACUAGUGUUUACUGUGAACAUCUUUAUGAAAUAUUUCUGCAAAUUUUUGUGGACGACUGAAACUUAUGCUAAUGUUUCUGACCCUGACUGUUGACGUACUAAUGUUAUGAGUUUUGAAAAUGUAUGUCAUAUACUGUAUAACACUUUUUUUUUUUUACUAAACCUUUAAAAGUACUAAGUUAAUUUUGUUUCUACAUCUAAAACAAACAUCUCCAAAAUCAAUUAAAGCAUGGAGCAGAUUGUAGCUCCUUUUCUGUCUAAAGUA